AUGCGUGGAGGAGCGGCGGUCGCCAUGGCGACAGACAUGUUCCGCUACAUGUUCACUUGCGCUGGCGGCAAGGAGGAGGGCUACCAGCAGCAGCAGCGGGUGCAGCAGCUGUUCCAGCCGGCGGGCCAGCAGCUGGACGCGCUGUCGGACGGCUGCCACACGCCGAGCCCAGGCAGCCAGCGGUCCGUCACCCCGGGUUGCGAGGCCGCCGCGGCAACCCCGGGUCCUGACCUGCUGCCGCGGUACACCGCCCUCGUGCCGCCCCUGCACCUCGCCUACAGGGAAUCAGUGGAGGAGUUCAUCGCACCCGACCUGCACCCACUGGUGCUGCGCUACGGUGAGCAGCAGCAGCCGGCGCCAGCCGCGGUGAAGCAGGAGCUGUGCAAGGUGGAGCAACUGAGGUACGCCGUGCAGCAGCCGCUGGUACCGGCCAUCAAGCAGGAGACCACAGCCGGUUCGCCUGCCAAGGCUUCCUUGCACCUGCCCGCCAAUUCGCCCACUUCCGACGACGGUUUCAACCUCAACAGGGCGUUCGACCGGCUGCGCACGCACCUGCCCUCGCUCGGCAACGACCGGCAGCUCUCCAAGUACGAGACGUUGCAGAUGGCGCAGACCUACAUCACCGCCCUCUACGACCUCUUGCAGUAG